AUGGGCUUUGGAUGGAGAUGGAGGGAAUGGGUGAAGGAGUGCCUAGGUACAACGUCUAUAUCGAUCCUGAUUAAUGGCUCACCAUCUAAACCUUUCAAGAUGGAGAGGGGCUUGAGACAAGGUGAUCCACUAUCUCCAUUUCUGUUUGUUCUGGUUAUUGAUGUUCUUCAUAGGAUGGUAGGGGAGGCAAUCAGGAACAAACGUAUUUUGCCGCUGCUGAUUGGUAAGGACAAUAUAGAGUUAUCACACUUGCAGUUUGCAGAUGACACUAUAUUGUUCUGUCCACCAGAGGAGGAGACCAUCAGGAACUAUGCCAGAUUGCUAAGAUGCUUUGAGAUGAUGUCAGGGCUAUCUAUUAACUUUGAUAAGUCAAGCUUAAUCCCAAUAAAUUGUGACCAGUAG